GACUGUUCUGCACUGCAUGCUUCUGGACAGACGACCAGUGGAGUCUACACCCUCACCUCCGGAGUACAGGCCUACUGUGAUAUGGAGACAGCAGGAGGCGGGUGGACUGUGAUCCAGCGGCGGCAGGACGGGUCGGUUCCCUUCAACCGGACCUGGGAGGAGUACAAACUGGGCUUUGGGAACACGAGCGGGGAGUACUGGCUGGGGAACGACAACAUCCACCUGCUGACCAGCCAGGAGAACUUCACCCUGCGUGUGGAUUUGAUGGACUGGGGAGGUCAGACAGCUUACGCAGAAUACAGUCUCUUCAGAAUUCAGAGAAAUUCAUAG